GGGGUCAGUAAAAUUUUAUUUUAGUGGGGAAUAAGCUACUAAGAUGAGUUAUAUGCUGCGGAGUGACCCCAUGACACAGUGCGACAUGUUCCUGCCGCCGGACGUUGCCUUCAUGGUACUUUCUAAUCUCGGCGAAAUGGAGUGCGUGCAGUUUACCGAUUUGAAUGAAGAACUCAAUGCUUUCCAGCGCGCGUACGUGCUAGAAAUAUGUCGCAUAGCCGAAAUUGAUCGAAAACUGCGCUACAUCAGCGACAAGAUGCGAGAUGAUGCUAUUUACGUACCAAAACUACAUGACAAUCCUCCUGCUCUUGAGCUUCAUGAAACAAAUACUUACGAGACCGUCAUUGAAAAAUGGGAAAGAGUUGUUGUAGAGAUGUCCGCGAGCGUGACAACUAUGAAUAAAACUUACGCAGAACUGACCGAAAUGUAUUACACGUUGUAUAGCGUCUCGCUCAUGAUUGGCAAUGCGGACCUGCAGACAGCUAACCUGGGGGCAAUCAGGCAAGCGGCCGUAAAUUUUAGUACAGGCGGCAAAGUAAGUCACCACGCAGCUGAUGAUAGCGGAGCUCGGCUCACGGUGAUCACCGGGCUCGUGCAGCGCAAGCGCUCGUACUGCUUCCAGCUCAUGUUGUGGCGACUCUCGCACGGCUGCGCCUUCUACAAGCAGUCAGAUGAUGAUCAAAUAUUUCAAGAUCCCAUGAAUAAUACUGACGUCCGCAAGGUGGCCUUUCUAUUAGUUACCCAAGGAGAGGAGCUCGGUGCCCGCAUGAAGAAGGUGUGCGAUGGGUUCCGGUGCGACCUGUACCCGCUGCCACCCACCUCCUCGGCGAGGAUGGAAGCCGAAGCACUACUUAAUACGAAGAUUGUAGAUCUAUCUUUGGUUUUAAAAGAAACUAAGUUUCACCGUUGCAUGGUAAUGCGCACGAUGGCCAAGUCUUAUCCAACAUAUCUGUUGAGACUCAGAAAGGCAAAAGCAAUAUAUCAUGUUAUGAAUUUUUUUACCGUUGAUAUAACCAAGAAUUGUUUGAUUGGUCGAUGUUGGAUUCCAACCACAGAUUUGGGGCGAGUACAAGAAGUAUUGGAUAAUUGUUCGGAGAAAUUGGCAACCUCGGUGCCUUGUUUCAUGUCCAAACUCACAACUACUGAGACGCCCCCAACUUUCCAUCGCACCAAUCGAUUUACGUACGGCUUUCAAGCGCUUAUUUCGGCUUAUGGUGAUUCCACUUACAGGGAAUUAAAUCCAGGCCUCUACACGAUAAUAACUUUCCCGUUUCUCUUCUCAUUGAUGUUUGGCGACAUGGGUCACGGGACGAUCAUGCUGGUAGCUGCUGUUUGGAUGCUUAUAAAUGAAAAAAAAUUCAUGGCAGAAAGGUCUGACAGCGAGAUAUGGAAUAUCUUUUUUGGCGGUCGAUACAUAAUGCUGCUGAUGAGUUGUUUCAGCAUUUACGCUGGUUUUGUAUAUAAUGACUGUUUCUCAAAAUCCUUCACAUUAUUUCAUUCCGGUUGGACAGUUAAACAGUCUCUGGCCGAAUUGUCUCAACAAGAGUCUUUUCUUUUGGAACCCAGAGACCACACUCACGCUUACGUCUUUGGAAAGGAUCCAUUUUGGGAAUUGGCGAAGAACAAGAUCCUGUUCGAAAACUCGCUAAAAAUGAAACUCUCUAUAAUUAUUGGAGUUACCCAUAUGAUAUUUGGCUUGACUAUGAGUUUAUUUAAUUUUGUGUUUUUCAAACAGUAUAGAUAUAAGAUUUAUCUGCAAUUUAUACCUCAAAUACUGUUUUUGCUGUGCAUAUUCUUUUGGCUGGUCAUUUUAAUCUUUUUUAAAUGGUUCAAAUAUGGCGGUGCAUCUCCGUCCAGUCCAAAGGAAUCGCAAGGCUGUGCUCCGUUGGUUCUAAUCCUAUUCAUCGACAUGGUCCUGAUGUCAACGUCCGAGCCCGUGGCGCGGGAGUGCGACGCCUAUAUGUUCAAUGGACAGCAAACCGUACAGCAAGCCCUGUUGGGUGUGGCCGUCAUCUCUGUACCUAUCAUGUUGUUCGGCCCGCCUUGCUUUGCUGCGCAAGUUGCAAAAAAGAAAAAAAAGGCUUUAAUGAAAAAAAUACCUAAUGAAGAGGACGAUCCAGUGGCAUAUGCGGCGUGGAAGCAUGAAAUGGACCACGCGUCUGAGACUUUUGGUGAUCUCAUGAUCCAUCAGGGCGUGGAAACCAUCGAGUUCGUUCUUAGCACGAUCUCGCACACUGCAUCGUACCUGCGGCUGUGGGCGCUGUCGUUAGCACACGCACAAUUAUCGGAAAUGCUUUGGGUUAUGAUCUUCUCAAAAAUGGCUCUUUCUGAUCAUACCAUAGUGGGAGCAUUUAAAAUUGUAGUAGUUUUUAUAAUUUGGGGGACGUUUACAAUCAACAUUCUUGUGCUAAUGGAGGGUCUGUCUGCUUUCCUACACACGCUGCGUUUGCAUUGGGUGGAGUUUAUGAGCAAGUUUUUCAUGGGCACUGGUAUUAUGUUCAAACCGUUUUCCUUUGAAGCAUUAUUUUCAGAUGCUGUUAAGGAUAAAACGGAAGUAUGCCCUGCUCCCAAGACGUUUGAAUAUUAGGUGUAGUU